AUGUUCUGUCGAAUCUUGUUCUGUUGCACUUUAUAUUUAUUUUUUUCAGCUAACAGUCAGUUAAUAAUUAACGCUAAAAAUAAAGGUGGCGAUGUCUUCAAAGAGUUUAUUGAAGCGAACACCACUUACGAUACGAUAAGCUUGGAUUUUAUGACUGCCGACGGUACUUUAGUCACUCAUUUUGUGGACUCCAAAAACGAAUUACAGAUAUUUAAAUUGUCCCUACUUCCUGAAGAUGAUCUGUUUCAGACUGGUGUCAUAAAUUUUUGUUUCGUUACUCGAAUUACAAAAAAUGAAUUCAUAUCUUCAGAUGCCAUGUCCAAACUACGUCAAAAAAAUCCUAGUGCCAUGCGACACCCAGAAGAGCAACUACCCACCAGCAUAUACACAAUGGACGUUAUGUUAAAUGCCAGAGCAUCCCACCUUCUUAGCCCGCAUAUCAAUUCUUUGUGUAAAACAGCGAAAUAUUCAACUUUUGCAGAACAAGCGGACAUUAAGCUCUUAGCACAAAUUAUGAACAAAAACUACAGCCUGUUAGAGGAAUCAAUGAAAAAACUUCCCGACAUAAAUGGAAAUCAUUCAGCAUGUUCGCACACAUCUACCGAGACUUCUCCAUGUAUUUGUCACUUAACCGUGUGCGUUGAAUGGUACCCAUGUGGACUGAAAUAUUGCAGAGGCAGGGAUUCUCAAAGUCGUGUUCUCAACUACAGAUGCGGCAUAAAAACUUGCAAAAAGUGCAGCGUGUUUAAACAUUACGUUUCCAGCUUUUUAAUGUGCACGUGGGACGAACCAAAAAUUGUGUCUUAG